GCAUGAGUGCAUGCGUGGCUCAUGCUUCCUAAAGCCUCCCUUGAAACCAGGACUGGGACACUCAAAAAAGCUUCACAGCUCAAUGCAGCAAUGGCGACUCUUUCUCUCCCUGUGGCACACCCGCAGGUCUCCCUCUGGCGACAAGGGCGGCGGCGACUGCAUGGCUUGCCAAGCUGCCAGUUCAGACACGCCGGGAGAGUGCAAUCCAGCUACAGGGGACUCGAAGCUCUGUAUGAUGAUGGGUACGGGACGGUCAAGGACCUGGACUACUUCUAUCAGGCACUUGGGCAGCUGGUUGAGCAUGACAGUGGGCCGCCCUGCUGGUUAUGCCCCGUCGACGCCGGCUCGACAGUCGAGGAUGCUCCGCUCAUGCUGUAUUUGCCAGGGGUAGAUGGAAUGGGGAUGGGGCUCUGCAUGCACCACAAGGCUCUUGGAAGGAUAUUUGAACUUAGAUGCUUGCACAUUCCUUUUCACGACCGCACGCCAUUUGAAGAACUUGUCACAAUGGUAGAAGAUGUUGUGAGGGCAGAGCAUUCCACUUCUCCUAAUAAGCCCAUCUAUCUAUUGGGGAAUUCGUUUGGAGGAUGCUUAGCUCUUGCAGUUGCUGCUCGCAAUCCUCGUAUUGAUUUGAUACUGGUACUAGUUAAUCCAGCUACAUCGUUUGAGAGGUCAGAAAUAAAAAAGCUUCUGUCGGUUUUCAGCCCGUUAUCAAACAACGCCUGUAUUGCAAUUACAGCUCUACUGAACUACAACAUCGACAACGAGGUGAACAUGGCACUGAGUAGAAUGCAAAGCGGGCAGCAUCCGUUAGAAGCACUCAUCAGAUUGACAAGUAACAUGUCAACUUCCCUGAAGCAUACGAAUAUAUUGGACAAACUACCAAAAGACACACUAAAAUGGAAGUUGAAACUGAUGAAACGGGCUGCGCAAUACGCUAAUUGCCGUUUACAAUCAGUUACAGCAGAGGUGCUACUGCUAGCCAGCUGCGAUGACAACUUACUUCCGAGCAAAUCUGAAGCCUACAGGCUACAGAACAAAAUACCCAAAUCCAAAAUCUUCUUCUUUGAGAAGCAUGGGCACAGCUUACUGCUGGAGCAUGGUGUCCAUGUCUCAUCCAUCAUCAAGUGUGCUGGUCUCUACCGCCAUUCGAGGCGCUAUCAUCGGGUUUUCGACUACAUCCCGCCAUCCACAACCGAGUUAAAGGAAGUCGACAAAGCUAGCAUCGACCUAUUGUUCAGAACGUGCCCAGCGAUGUUCUCGACGCUGGAGGACGGCACGGUGGUGCGGGGACUCGCCGGGGUGCCCGAGGACGGGCCGGUGCUGUUGGUAGGCAACCACAUGCUGCUGGGGAUCGAGCUCAUCUCUCUUGCCGCGGAGUUCAUGCGGCAUAAGAAGGCCGUGGUCCGUGGCAUUGCUCACCCGCUGCUGUUCCCGAAGAAGACGAAGACGUGGUCGGAGGGCCACGACUUCUUUGACUUCCUCAACCUGUGGGGAGGCGUGCCCAUGACCUACAAGUACAUAUACGAGUUGCUAGCAACCGGGGAGUUCGUGCUCCUCUAUCCGGGUGGCUACAGGGAGGCACUCCACUGCAAGGGUGAAGAGCACAGUAUUUUCUGGCCAGAACAGACUGAAUUUGUUAGGAUGGCAGCGCAGUGCAACGCCACAAUCGUGCCAUUUGGAGUCGUCGGAGAGGAUGACCUCGUGAACCUGCUUUGCACAUUCGACAAUAUCAGGAGCGCGCCCUUUGGCAAGGAGAUAAUGCGGGCCUACAGUAAGCAUCUGAAUCUCAGGGAUGCCAAGCAUGAGGUGAUCUUCCCGGGUGUGUGCAUGAAGAUCCCGGGCCGGUUCUACUACCGGUUCGGAAAGCCGAUCCCAAUGAGGGGGAGGCAGGACGUCCUCACCGACCGUCGGGCCGCAACGGUUCUCUAUGCACACAUCAAGUCGGAGGUGAAAGGCAUCAUCUCCUACCUGCUGGAGAAGCGGGAGGAGGACGAGUACAGGAAGAUCUCGCGGAGGCUCAUGUUCAUGGCUUCCCAGGGCUUCAACACCCAAGUUCCGUCGUUCGAUCCUUGACAUACGCUAGUUGCCACAUGGAAUGAGAAUGUCGCUACUGAAUAUUCAUUUUUCGACCUUCGAUCAGACAUUUAUGCAGAAUAAUGCUUGUAAUUUGUGAAGGUUGAAUUUUCAGCAUUCCUGUUCACAAAUUAAAUUCGUGUGUGCCCUCUA